AUGAGUUCCUUGCCAAUCACCGAAGCGACACCUGAACCUCACACUCCAAACAUCAAUAAUGACGACAAUGUCGACAAGAACACGUCGAUAGAUUUGACGGGAGAUGAUUCUGGGGAUGAUAACGAUGUAGGUGAUGUAGGGAAUGCAAAUAAGCGGGAUGAGGGUAUGUUCAGCAAUGGUGAUUCGGGCGCUGUCUCUCAAGCUCGGACCUCUUUUCCAUCAAGUUCAACAUCCUCAUAUCAGAACAAAUCGCACGGUCCUGUUCCAAAUUUUACUCCUAGCCCACAUUCACAUCCCUUUUUAUCCCCUUCAUCGUCUUUUCUUCAACGACCCAACCCUCAGUCACCUUCGAACGAUACAAAUGGUGUGACCUUCACUGGAUCCAAUAUGAGAUCCCCUAUGACUUCGAACAAUUCGAUCGCAGGUCCUAGCAAUCUUGGCUUCAGUCCAUUCGCUCCUAAUUCCAAUGGAUCAAACACUACUCGUCAAACUCCGACAGUGACUGGCUGGACACCUAAUCCUGGGAUGAUCCCGCACUCAAUAGGUGUCAAUGGUAUUUCAGCUGGUACAGAUGCUUCAUCAGCUAUCGAUCUUACAAGUAGAAACAUUCCAUCCCCUCCUCCACCGAGCAAUGACAAGAAACCGAUCUGCAUAGGCGCAAUAUGGUCUCACGUCAUCAUGCUCUACCCUUGUUCUGCGGUAUUGGUCGGGGCACAGCCGCCACCGGAAGGUAAAGAGAGAUAUGAUGUAGUGGAGUGUAGAGGUGCAGAGCUCAUUCGAGUGAAACUCAAGCAUCGGGCAGCUGGAACUCCCGCCAGAAAGAACGAACCGAACAACAUCCUCACUCGAGACACCAUACAGGUUUUGACUCCUGCUCUUACAACAUUCAUUGGAGACCUCGAUGUGGUAGUUGCCGACCCUCUAAUUGGUCUCAUGGCGAGAGGUUUGGCCAGACUGGAAGGUUUCGUACAGCGAGUUCAACCUGAUGUGCAUACAUUCACCGUACGGAUCAAUAUUCUUGUAUUCACCCUGCCAUCAAAUGUUCAAUAUAUCGCCAACAUGCUUGCUAGUAUGUCAAUAUACUUACUCGACCCCGUGCCUCCUUACGAUCCUUCCCGACAUAAUGAACAACCAAGAUACGAAAACGCACAUGGCGGUGGUCAAAUUGCGGCUCAGAUGGCUAUGUUAGCGCAGAGGAGAGCCGCAGCUGCUAGUGGAGCAGGGUAUGGGAUGAUGUUCGCAGACAAGGAAAGAGAAAAGGCAACUCAAGUAGAAGUACAAAGGAAACAAGUUGACGAGGUGUUCAAAAGUUUGGACAACGGUGGCGAGCUGGAACAGAGUGAUCCUGGACCUUUGAUAAAGACAGAGUUAUUCCCACAUCAACGUAGAGCUCUCACCUUCUUUCUACAGCGAGAACAGGACUCUGCUUGCUUGAAGCAGGCGAAGAAGAACGCGAAGAAGGUAACCAAGAAGUCAAGGCGGGAACCGAGUACGGAAACCGCUUCUACCGAUGACCCAACAGACAAAGGAAAAGAGAAAGAAAAGGAAAAAGAUAAAGCCGACGAUCCGAGAUCCUUAUGGGAAGGGAUUCGGGAUGAGAAAGGGAAAGUCAGAUCCUGGAAGAACAAGAUUACGGGUGAGGAAACAAGAGCGAAGAAGGGGGAGAAACCGGACGACAGCAAAGGCACAAUAUUGGCCGAUGAUAUGGGUCUGGGUAAAACUCUGUCUGUCGUCUCCCUCAUUGCGGCUACCAGAAGUUCAGCACAUGAUUGGGCAAAGAGCAAGAUUGAAAAGAUAGCUCUUACGCCUACUGAAAAAGAAAAAGACGAAACCGAAUUGAAAUCAUCGUUCACUACCAAAGUCUUUGGCAUGCCUGACAUUCAAGAAUCCGGAGCUAAAGGUAAAAAGAGGAAGCGAGACGAAGACGUAAAUAAAACUCUUCUUGCACGUCGAUCGCGAAUUUCCAUACGCAGCAAAUCAACUCUGUUGGUGUGUCCAAUGUCAACCAUAUCGAAUUGGGAAGAUCAGAUCAAGGAACAUUGGAAUGGACCAGUCGAGAUCAUCGGUGGAACGGCGGGAGUCAUGCCUCCCAAGAAUAUCGAGAGGAAAUGGAAACCGCCCAAGGCGGAUGGACAGGAGUCAUCUGAGGAUGAGCUAUUGGAAGAUUUCGAUGUGCUCAAGGUGUAUAUCUAUCAUGGACCAAGCCGUAGGCCGGAUCCACUAUUCAUCUCCCAGUUUGACGUCGUGAUCACCUCGUACAACACUCUUUCCAACGAAUUCUCCAAGCAAGGCGGCGCAGAGACUGGAACGAACACCCCGUCUGAUACGGCUGAGAAUAGUGGCGAAGAGAUUGAAGUGACUGGAGAUACAUCCUUGAAUAGCCGAGCUGUCAAGCCUGAAGUGGAAGCUGAAAUCAAGGCAAUGGAAGUGUCUGAUGCCAUGAAGUUCAGUAAGAAAGGCAGAGGGAAGCCAAAGGUCACGGGAACGGAGACAUCCCCGCUCCAAGCAAUUGACUGGUUCAGAGUGGUGCUCGAUGAAGCUCACUACAUCAAAACCGCUUCUACGGUAGCUUCGCAAGCCGCUUGCGCCCUCGAAGCUGACAGACGAGUCGCUCUUUCCGGUACGCCCAUCCAGAACAAAAUUGAGGAUGUUUGGGCUCUAUUCAAAUUCCUCCGAGUCAGCCCAGUGGACGAUAAAGAUGUCUUCACGCAGUAUAUCUCAUCGCCAUGUAAAUACGGUGAACAGAUCGGGGUCGCUCGACUUCAAUUGGUCAUGCGAUGUUGUACUCUUCGUCGAACCAAAGACUCGACCUCUGAAGAUGGUAAAAGGAUACUCAACCUUCCGCCAAGGAAAGAAGUGCAAUUGUGGCUUGAGCUUCGGGAGGAUGAAAGGCAGGUCUAUGACGCCAGAGCUUCUGCAGCGAAAGAUCGAAUUGGUCAAUUGCAGGAGAAAAACGAAUUGGGUAAAAACUACGCCAAUAUGUUGCAAGAAAUUCUCCGACUCCGACAAAUUUGUAACCACGUUGAUUUAGCGAUGUCUGGCUCUGUGGAGGAGGACUACGACGGUACCGUGAUGGAUUAUCAAGUUGCCGUCAAAGGUAUCGAUACCAAUGGUCUGAACCAAUCAAGAGCCGUGGCUGUCUGCUGCUUCCUCAAAGAAGGUGCGGGAGCUCUUUGUACCGGCUGUGGCUACGAUUACGGAGAUAUAUUUCCUGACAUAGGCUUAGGAGGUGUGGAGGAAUUUGAAGCAAAGGACGAAAAGCCAAAAACGAAGAAAUUGGCUCAUAAACCAAUCUUAACCAAAUGUUUACAUCUCUAUUGUCCUGCUUGUUUCAAAUCUCAAGUAUACUCUGAUUACUCGAAACGGCAAAAAUCUACAGUCGCUCGAGCCUGUGGCUGUUGUAACGGUAUGCUUCGAUUACCAGCCGAUAUCAUUGAAGUCACCCCUCCGGAAUGUGAGACUUCUGGCGAGGUGAUUCCCGAUCAACCCAAACGGACAGCGAGAAAAAAAUAUGUCCGACCACCAGGAGAGAAACCCAACCUGUCAACUAAGAUGCAAUACCUUCACGAUGAGCUGUUAAUCUUGUCUAAAAAGAACCCAAACUCACCGCACUACGAUCCCUUUGCCUUCGGAGAUGACAUAGAAGAACUUGAUGCCGAGGGGAAGCCUUUAGUCACGAAGAGCAUUGUAUUCUCUCAAUGGACCACGAUGCUCGACAGAAUUUCCGAUAUGCUUGACGAAGCAAAUAUUCGUUAUGCUCGAUUGGACGGCACAAUGACUCGAGAAGAACGAUCAAGGGCUAUCGACGCCUUGAAAUAUAAGAAGCAAGUUGAAGUUUUACUAGUUUCCACACGAGCAGGAGGAGUCGGAUUGAAUUUGACUGUCGCAUCGAGGUGUUACUUGGUCGAUCCAUAUUGGAAUCCAUCAGUCGAAAGUCAAGCUAUCGAUCGUAUUCAUCGGAUGGGUCAGACUCGACCGGUCUUAGCUGUUAAACUCAUGAUCAAAGAUUCGAUUGAAGAAAGGUUGGACAAAAUCCAGAAGAAGAAAGCCAAUCUAGCCCAGUUGUCAUUGAAGAGUAUGAGUCGGAAAGAAUUGAUGGCCCAAAAGUCCGAAGAGCUGGCAACUUUAUUCAGCUAA